AUGUCUGGCAACGGGAGCAGCAGAAACGGCGGACCAGACUCAGGGAAUAGAAGCCUGCGCUGUAGUCCAGAGGAGCCGUCUGGAGCGGAGGCCAGGAGGGAGACAUCCUCAGAUAUUGAAAUGAGCUUGAGAUUGACCAGAGAUGGUGGCGGUACAAGGGACGGUGGUGUCUCCAGCUUUGCAGGCACAGAAAGUCAAAGCACAGAGACGGAAAAUUCAAGUGAAGACUUCGACUUUCAAAGGAUGGAAGACAUUGACCGUUUCCUCCUCAAUGAUGAAAACCUAGUCCAUUACUGCUUAGAAGAAGAGGUGCCAGGAGAGGAAGAAGAGGGCGACGAGGAAGAAGAGGAGGAAGAGGAGGAGGAGGAAAUGGCAGAAGAACAGUCUCAGGUACAGUGCAACCAUGAUCAGUAUUUCUCAGAUAAGGAUCGGGCCCUGGAGAACUGGAUGUCCUCAGAGACAUCUGCCCUGCCCCGCCCUCGCUGGCAAGUCCUUACUGCUCUUCGAGAGCGGCAGCUGGGUUCAAGUGCCCGCUUUGUAUAUGAGGCAUGUGGGGCAAGGGUCUUUGUGCAGCGUUUCCACCUGCAGUGUGAGCUUAAAGGCCAUAAUGGUUGUGUCAAUACUGUGCACUUUAACCAGUGUGGCACCUGGCUGGCCAGCAGCAGUGAUGACCUUAGAGUGAUAGUGUGGGACUGGAUGCGUCAGCAGCCAGUACUGGACUUUGAGAGUGGCCACAGAAGUAAUGUCUUUCAAGCCAAGUUCCUUCCCAACUGUGGUGAUCCUACCCUAGCCAUGUGUGCCCGUGAUGGGCAGAUACGGGUGGCAGAGCUAUCUGCUACACCACACUGCAAAAAUACUAAGUGUGUGGCCCAGCACAGAGGAGCCUGCCACAAGUUAGCUCUGGAGCCAGACUCCCCUAAGUUCCUAACUUCAGGCGAAGAUGCAGUUGUCCUCGCCAUUGACCUCAGACAAGGCCAGCCCGCUUCAAAAGUGGUGGUAACAAAAGAGAAGGAGAACAAAGUGGGACUGUAUACAAUCCAUGUGAAUCCUGCCAAUACUUACCAGUUCGCAGUGGGUGGACGAGAUGAAUAUGUAAGAAUUUAUGACCAGAGGAGAAUUGAUGAGAAUGAGAAUAAUGGAGUACUCAAGAAAUUCUGUCCUCAUCACCUGAGCUCCUGGCCAGUUACAAUGAUGAAGAUAUUUACCUCUUCAACUCCUCUCACUGUGAUGGAGCCCAGUAUGUUAAGAGAUAUAAGGGGCACAGAAAUAAUGCCACAAUCAAAGGUGUCAGUUUCUAUGGCCCCAAAAGUGAGUUUGUGGUGAGCGGUAGUGAUUGCGGGCACAUCUUCUUCUGGGAGAAAUCAUCCUGCCAGAUUGUUCAGUUCAUGGAGGGGGACAAGGAAGGUAUCGUGAACUGUCUUGAGCCCCAUCCUUACCUACCUGUGAUGGCGACCGGUGGCCUAGACCAUGAGGCAAAGAUCUGGGCACCCACAGCUAAAACUACCACUGAGCUUCUUGGGUUAAAGAAUGUGAUUAAGCACAACAAGGAGGAACGAGAUGAAGAUAGAUUGCACCACAUUGACCUGUUCAACAGCCACAUGCUUUGGUUCUUCAUGCGUCACCUGACACAGAGAGGUCUUCAGCAGCCCCAGGGAGCUCCUGGAGUUGGGGCCAUGGGUGCACACUUGGAUGAGUCUU